AUGCGUUUCAACCUUCCCCAGCUCCUCUUUGGAGUCUUUAUGCUACUCUUCGCUGUCUAUGCCACUGAUGAACUCGCCGAGAAAUCCAAUCUGGCUCACCAUGGGUUUCCCCAAGGCUUGCUGACCAGCCUCAAAAUGAACUUUCAUGAUACACUGCAUGCACUUUCCAACAAAUUGACAAAUGGCGUUUUCCUGACGGACAUCGAUGACCUUGAGGCCGCUCAAGGGGAUGAAAGACCGAUUUUCAAGUUCCCGGUUAUGGUGAAGCGGAAUGCUAGUGAGACACAUUCCCUUGUAUCUACUACAUCCACCACUUCUGUCAAUCCCACGGACAGCAAGGCCGUCGCUACUCAAAGUCUGACCACAAUCGAGACCACGUCCUCUCAGUCGAACACCACCCCUUCUGAGCUGAGAACCACAACUGGGCCAACCAGUCAAACUCAGACUCCUACCUCUAGAUCUACCACUUCUGUUGAGGACUAUACCACUGGUGCAAGUGGUAGCCAUGUCAUCUCUGCGAGCUAUACUUCUACCACUGCCAGUAGCGAAUCAUCCACAGACUCUACCCUCAACACAAAGCCAGCGGAAUCUUCCGCUUCGAUGACUCACACCACAAAGAAUGCAGCUGGUGAGAUUUCCACGUCAACCUACACCAGGAUCAGUGUCCUACCCAACGGCAGUCUAAGCACCAUGACCUCAGUUACAGUGGUACGUGUCACUCCUACUGGAUCUUUUGCCGAAAAAUCUGCCGGAUCUACUACGACUGUUGCCAAGGAACAUUCUACACAGAAAGGUGUAGCCGCUUUGCCGACAGCUGAUCUCACUCGAGAGGUCAUCCUUAUUCUUGGUGGAGCGGCUCUUGCCGCAAUGGCUCUUUAA